AUGCUUGCUGUACACCGCCAACCAAACUCAUGCACGCACACCAACCACCGAAAAAGCCAAAGAUUCUUCAACCUGGCGGCCGGGCUGGCUCGGGGAGAGGUGAGCGGUCCGCCGGUUCAGCCGGUUUGGGACAGGGAGAAGCUGGGGCCCAGAGAUCCGCCGCGCGUGGAGCCGCCGAUCGGGGAGUUCUUGAGAUUGGACAAAGGACUCUCGCCGUACGAGCAGGACAUCGGACCGGUCGUUAGGGCGUCCUUUGACGUGUCGGACGCGUGCUUGGACCGGUUCAAGAAAGAGUUGUUGGACCGCUCUGGGUCGAGCUUUACAACUUUUGAGGCUCUAGGAGCUUUCAUGUGGCGGGCCAAAAUUAAAGCAACAAAAAUCCCCGGAGAUGAGAUAGUAAAGUACGCGUAUUUCCUCAACAUAAGGAAGCUAGUGAAGCCCCCACUUCCGCCUACCUUCUGGGGCAACGCUUGCGUUCCAAUAUACGCCAAGACUAGCGCCAAGGAUUUAGGUGAGAAGCCCAUUUGGGAAGCGGCGGAUCUGAUCAAGAAGAGCAAAAGACACGCCACCGACGAGUACGUGCGCUCGUACAUCGACUUCCAGAGCCUGCAUUACGCAGAAAGGAUCAGUGCAGGCAAAGAUGUGAGCGGGUUUACGGAUUGGAGACACUUGGGGGACUCGACUGUCGACUUCGGUUGGGGAGGGUCCGUCGCGGUUUUGCUACUAUCGAGGCACUUUCUUGGUAGUGUUGAGCCUUGCUAUUUCUUGCCUUCCUUGACGGCGAGCGUCGGGAAAAAGGACGGUUUCAAGGUCUCAAUCACACUGCGUGAGAGUGCCAUGCCGGCUUUUAAGGCCGAGAUGGACAAGUUUGGCAGGGGAGAUUUCGGCUUCUCUUCCUAAUAUGUGCGUGACAUGCUCAUGAGGUGAAGCAUCGUACGAAUGUGGAUAAAUUACUAAAGAAAAAAAAGGAGCGUAAUAAUGAACUUUGUCAUUCAAAAUAAAUUCUAAACUUUGUAAUGUAUUGGAGAAUGCCUUCUUAGGUGUUUCUUAGGUGUUUCGGAUUUAAAGGUAGUCCUCGUGUGUAACUUGAGAUAAUUAGCAAUAAAACUGAACUUGUUUUCUGAAUAUUGUCA